AUGGCCAGCAGCCACCUUUCGUUUCUUGCACCAUGUCACGCCGAUUUGGGAAGUUUGGCCAACGCGGCCUCUACAACCGCCUUCAGUGCCUCUGUCUGUGCUGUGGGUGCGAGUGGCUUCCACUCUAUCUUCCCCGCCUUGUCCCUUGGGACGCCGCGGCCCACCGUCGGAUCGUCCUCAAAAAUUUCUCCCUCGUCGUCAAAGACAACGUGUCCCUUCGACAUUAUUUAUGGCUUUAGUGAGCCGAAGCGCUUGGACGCUAACAAGAGUAGUGGUCGUAAAUACAUAUAUCGCGAAAAAAGACGAGAAAAACAGUAG